UGAGGUUUAUGUAAUCACGUCAUACAUUCCGCAUCUUGCUAUCACGAGUCGUCGGAACCUUCAAUCGGUUCGUCCAUCAUGGAUGUCCAAGAAACACCUGUGUCACGUCGACUUAAGUCGGUCAAACAUAUUAUCAUAGUGUGCUCGGGCAAAGGUGGUGUCGGAAAAUCUUCCGUGUCCGCCCAGCUUGCGCUCAGCCUCCAUGCUUCUUCUUCCAGUGCUCGGGUCGGGAUUCUCGAUGUCGAUCUUACCGGUCCGUCAAUACCACGCAUGCUUGGUCUGGAUGGGCAUGGUGUGCACCAGAGCAGCGAUGGAUGGGUGCCUGUGUACGCAGAUGCGCUUGGGGGUGGUGAACCCAGACUCGCGUGCAUGAGCGUCGGAUUCUUAUUGAAGAAGAAGGGGGAUUCAGUAGUUUGGAGAGGGCCGAAGAAGAACGCUAUGAUCAGGCAAUUUCUGAGCGAUGUCAGAUGGGGAGAGCUUGAUUACCUCGUCGUGGACACCCCUCCAGGAACAUCUGAUGAGCACUUGUCGCUGAUCGAACAUCUUGCACCGGUGCACUCACGGCUGUCUGCUGUCAUUGUCACAACGCCGCAGGCUGUUGCACUACUGGAUGCUAUGAAAUGCCUCUCAUUUACUCGGGCUGUCGCACUUCCUGUCCUUGGGCUUAUCGAGAACAUGAGUGGAUAUGUAUGCCCUUGCUGCGGAGAUGUUAGCAAUGUGUUCUCUACAGGCGGAGGUGCAGAAAUGGCCAGACGAGAAGGGGUACCGUUCCUUGGCAGUAUGCCUAUCGACACGGAGCUGGUCACAUUGUUGGAUGCUGCCGAGUCCACAGAUCUAAGCGCUGCUGACGGACAACACGACGAAGUUAGCGAAGUUCGUUCAUUUGGAGUUUUACAACGGUAUCAGAAGACGUCGUCCGCGACACUUCUGAGUGACAUUGUGGAGAAGCUCAUAUCGGCGCUGCCAUCAGUAGAGCAUGCGCCGGUGAGCAGCUCUGCUUAAUUAAUCUGAUGGGUAUGUCAUUACACUAUCUCCACUACAUCUUACACAUCCUAUGCAGGCACACACACACUUGUAUUGAUACAUACCAUUGAUCAUGUAUCCUUAGAAGGCAUUCGAGUCUAUCCAGAUCAUACCAAGUCGUCUUUAAUUGUCAUCUGACUGGGGAAGGCUCAUCAGACCACAUGAUAUUGCAAGCUUCACACGACGGGCUAUUUGGAAUGACCC